UAUCUGAUUGGCAUGGACCAGUGGACUGAAGGGUCUGUUUUAUGUAUCUCUAUGACUUGAUGAACCCCUCACUGAACUCUGUGGUAUGCCAAUGGACACAGACCGCUAGAUGGUCGGGCUCAAGUCAUUACCUUUGCAAUGAUGUUCUGGGGCUGAGGUGAUUGCGCUCCAACACAAGCAGUUGCCUUCCUUUGCACCAGGUAUGACUCUAACUAGUGGAGCUUUCUCCAGAAACUUAUGCUUCUCUUACACUUCAAUUUAAUUAAAGCUCUUUGAUGCCAGGCUCAGAUGAAAGCUGCCUUACUCUUUGGGAUAAGUGUCUUGGUGAAGUACGUAACGAUGUAGAGUAAUGGGGAAUGGAUUUGAGUGGGAUACUCUUUGGAGAAUCUGUGUGGACUUGUUGGGCUGAAGGGCCUGUUUCUACACUAUAGGAAUUCUAUGAUUCUAUAAAGCUGGUGGGUAAAUUAAGAGAGUUAGGGAUGGGUCAAUUGAAGAGACAUUUCAAAAUGUAAAGAGAAAACCAUUUGAGUAAAGACAGGCAGAGUGAACAAGAAGGAUUCUGAGUCUUUGCUUCUCCGCCUUUGAUGAAAGAGAGCUCCAGUUUUUAAAUGGCUUUAAGGCGAAGAUAGACAGAGCUUUCAUAAGCAAGGGUGGUGAAAGGCAUCUGGGCUAGGCAGAAUAUUAUCAGAUUAGCCAAGAUUUUAUUGAAUAUCAGAGCUGGCUGCGGAGAUCAAAUAAUCUACUCCUACAAUAGUCCUAAAUGCUAUGUUUCUACGUAAGAGGCAAAAUUCGCAUUUGACAGAAAUAGUGCAGCAGCCAAUCAGGUCCAUUAAAAAGAAACAGUAAAAAGAAAGUGAAAGGUUCUUUAUUGGAAAGCCCAAAGCAUUUUAAUACGGAUAAAAACAGGGAUAAAUCAUUGAGAUAUGGUUACCCCCCAGUUUCUCCAAACUCGCAGUGGGCAUUGAGUCACUCCGGGGACCAAACCUAAUUUCGGGAGAAGGGGACUAAAGCUGAUCCGGAGUAACUCCUGGCCAGCACAUACCCGAAUCAAUUCCCUGUCAGUGACCCCAGUAAUUCCAGGGGACGGCUGCUGAUCUGCCCUCAAUGUGGAGUAAUUUCAGGGAGCCGCAUAAACUCCCGUUAACCGGCGCUGAUUGGACCUGCCUCCUGGAACCGUGCUGUAACCCGCACUGGAGCGAAUUGCUAUGGGGAUUGUGUACAGUCUCCAUGGAGAUGGGAGGAUCAGGCCAGAGUUUGUUUGUUGGAUUUAAUCUAAACUCAUAGACAGCGAGAGAACCUUCUCGGCACACGGCUCUUGCACUGGGGGCGGUGCGAGCACACACGGUCGGUCCUGUCAGUUUAAACGUAAACAUGAGUUCCGAAUGGGUCGGAAACUGGAGACCGCACCGGCCUCGAGGACCGAUUGCAGCUUUUUACAGCAGUCCCGGUCCUAAGUAUGGACUUCCCGGUUCCAUAGGUUAUUCCCAACAUGAUGCUACAAAAUACAAGUCUCCAGCAUACAGCUUUGGAGUACCUCACGCCAGAUUCACUGUGGAUAGUUCACCAGGUCCAGCCUACCUCAUCCCAUCGUUGCUCACUAGGCGAGGAAAGGAUGGGGCGCCAGCCUAUUCCCUCUACAGUCGACCAAAGGACAACAAUCCAUUUCAGACCCCAGGUCCAGGUACCUACAGUCCAGAGAAGGCUGGGAAAGUUGCCUUCAGUGCAGCUCCUUCAUUCUCCAUUGCUGGGAGGACAAAAGGUUUCAGGACUGACCAGUCACCAGGUCCUGCAGCCUACGUACUGCCUUCCGUACUAGGCCCCAACAUUGUAGACAAAUUGUCUUCUGCCAAUUUCUCCCUUAGUGGACGAAGUAAAGUCGGCAGUUUCCAUGAGGACUUCCAGAAGAGUAGAAGACACAGAAAGUAUCCCAAGAAAGUGGUAUAUCAAGAGGCAGAAGGGAGGAUCUUAAACAAUUAUCAUCAAUAGAGAAAAAGUACUAGGAAUACUAGUGGGACUGAAGGCUGACAGGUAUCUUGGACAUGAUGGCCUGCAUCCUAGAGUCUUAAAGGUAGGGCCUGCGGAGAA